AGUAUAGACUUAAAGAUACUGUAAAAAAUAAUAAUAUUUAAAAAAUAAUAAUAACAAUAAUGGGAGGUUCAUCUGAAAUCUUCUGGCUGGUAUCUUCCCGUUGAGAGACAAACUGGAACGGAAAACUCGUGCAAAAGCACUUGGCUUUUUUCGGUGUUCCUGGCGUCCAACGUAAUACAAAAGUUCCUCCUCCAGCAAAAAGACUUUAAAAAAAAUUUUGUUUUAUCGGUUUUGAUUAAAUUUUAAUCAAAUGAGAUUAGAAGAGUAAGGUACAAAAGAAUGGGCUCCGAUUCAAACUCAACGCCAGCAUCCACACCCCCAUCCACAUCAACAGCAUCGCCGAAUGGAAAGCGAAAUAGAGAUCCUGAAGACGAGGUCUAUCUUGACAAUCUCCAUUCUCACAAGCGUUACCUGAGUGAGAUAAUGGCAUCCAGCUUAAAUGGAUUGACUGUUGGAGAUCCAAUUCCUGAAAAUCUUAUGGAAUCUCCAGCAAGGUCUGAUAGCAUGUUCUAUGUCUGGGAUGAAAUGUCCUUGCAAUAUUCACCGAUGUCAGAAGACUCGGAUGACUCUAGAUUUUGUGAGACUGGCCCUAUAAAUACUUGCUCGUCCCAACCUGACAGUCUGCCUACCAGUCCAGUUUCUCCUUAUAGGUACCAAAGAUCAUUUGGUGGAUUCUCUUCUGCUCCUUCUACCAGUUCAUAUCCAGCGCAUGGCUGUACUGUCUCUAGCGUAGCUUGCUCACAGCCCCGACAACGAGGUUCAGAUUCAGAGGGUCGGUUUCCUUCAUCGCCUAGUGAUAUUUGCCACUCAGCUGACCUGAGGAGGGCUGCACUGUUGCGGUCUGUUCAGAUGAGGACACAACCUCCUGGAUCAUCAUCUUUUGAAUUGCCUUUUGGUUCAGGCCAGGAGCCUGCAUCUAAUAUAGAAGCUGAAGAGCGGCCGUGCUCAUAUAUGAAGUCUUUAGUUGAUGAGAGAGAUUAUCAAAUAGAGGAGCAAUCUUCAAUGGGUUCCUCAGAACCUGAAUUUAAUGAUGGUAAGUCGUGCAGGGUGUUGAAUAUGAAUAUAGAAGGGGAUGGGUCUGGGGGUUGAACGCUUCUGGAAUCAGGUUACUAAGUCUAUUCUGACCAGAUCUUUUAAGAUUGCUGUAGCAUGCAGCAGUUAAAAGUAAUUUUCCUGCUCUUACAAAUUUUGUUGGUUCAUUGAAUUGACUCAUGUUUAUGAGUUUUAUAUGGAAACACAAGACAUUGUAUACCUAUAGAGUCUUAAUGAUUGGGCUAUUCAUGCCCCCAAAGGGUCUUCUGAAACUAA